GACUGGGGACAGUGGUGGUACCUCGGGGAUCCCAAUCCAGGUUCUGGUGGCCGUUGGAAGAGAGGGAGCAGGAGGAGAAGGGCCUCCCUCACUUCAGCCGAAAGGAAGCGGGCGUCCCUAUCUGCUUCUGAUGGACAGGGACGGGGACCGGAUGGGGUUCCGGAUCCGGGAGGCGAGGGGGCGGUCUUGAUGGAAGGAUUUGAUGGCCAACUGGGGCCUGGAUGCAGAUGAUCCUUUUUCUGAUGGCAGAAGGUCAGUAGUAGCCUAACACUACAUCACAGUGCAUAUGUCACUCAUCUCACCUCGUGUCACCAUGUAGGCGCUUUAUCAUCUCACAUCGUCACAAGAAAGUGUAAGGAGGGAAAAUGACUGCCGGUGCAGUGUGUGUCCCUCAGAUCAUACCAUUGCGGGUGCCUCCGCCUGGAAAAGCCAACCAUGAAAUUGAUAACAAUACACUUUUGGAAAUGAAAUCAGACACCCCAGAUGUCAACAUAUAUUAUACGCUGGAUGGCAGCAAACCUGAAUUUCUGAAGAAAAUUGGUUAUGGCGAAAACAGUACAUUUAAGUAUACGAAGCCUAUUACUCUGCCUGAUGGAAAAAUACAAGUUAAAGCUAUUGCAGUCUCUAAGGAUUGCAGACAGAGUGGCAUUGUAACAAAGGUGUUUCAGGUGGGCUACGAACCACCAAAUACAGUCUCUUCUGAAGGCAAUGUUGAAAAUGUUCUCAAAGAUUCUUCAAAGCAGGAACUGAAAAAUGGAUUUGUUGGGCCAAGACUACAGAAGAAAUGCAAGGAUGCUGAAAAUAAACAGGGUUGGAAUGUUAACCUUAGAAAGUCUCCAGACCUUGAGGUAGGUGAAAGAACUGACUCUAAAACAUGGAAAGAUCUCCGUUCCUCAGAGAGUCCACGGGAAAUCCCACCUUAUCAUGAAGAAUCAGGUUCUAGACCACCCACCCGCCAGUCUCAGUUCCCUAGUUUUGCACACAUAACUGGCCAGAAGAGUUUGACAAGCACAGAGAUCAUGAGAAUUCAAAGAGAGACAGACUUUCUCAAGUGUGCCUACUGCCUGGCCCCCCGCCCAUCUGACCCCUUUGCCCGCUUCUGUCAAGAAUGUGGCUCUCCUGUCCCGCCCAUAUUUGGCUGUCGUCUCCCACCCCCAGAAGGAGCUCAGAUGGGCUUGUGUGCAGAGUGUGGAAACAUGGUGCCCAUGAACACUCCCAUCUGUGUGGUGUGUGAGGCCUCUCUUACCCCACAGCUGCAGCCACAGGCCAGCCUGCGCUUGAAGGAGAAAAUAAUCUGCCACUCCUGUGGCACAGGGAAUCCAGCUCACCUGAAAUACUGUGUCACCUGUGAGGGAGCCCUGCCGCCAUCACAGGAGCAGCUCAUGCGCAGUGGAAAUAAAGCCCCUCCUCCACCCACUCAGAAAGGGGAGACCAUUUCCUGCUCCAAGUGUGGUCGCAGGAAUCGCAGGGAAGCUUGCUUCUGUGACUGGUGUGGAGCCACGCUGGGCAUUUCUGCCUGCUACUCUGUUUGCCCUAAAUGUGGAGCUAGCAAUCACCCAUCUGCCCGAUUCUGUGGCUCCUGUGGUAUUUAUGUGAAGUCCUUGGCAAGAUUUAGCGUGGACAACAGCCUGGCUCUCGCUGCUGGAGAAGUUGGCCCUUUUGCUGAGCCCCGAUCUGCCUGGCAGCCCCUAAAUGUUCCUUUGCUCAGACCUGAGGCUGGGACUCGGAAGGACAUGGGCACACAGACUACCGGCCUGUUCUACCCAUCUGGUGCACUACUAGCCAAAAAGGAACUGGAAAUGGCUUCUCAAAAGCAGAGGCAGGAGAAAAUGAGUGACCAUAAACCUCUCCUCACAGCCGUCAGCCCAGGAAGAGGUGAGGGAAAAGGGUACUGGAGAAAACAGUUGGAUCAUAUCUCUGCUCACCUCAGGUCUUACGCUCAGAACAACCCUGAGUUCCGGGCCUUGAUUGCAGAACCCAGAAUGGGAAAGCUUAUCUCUGCUACUGUCCAUGAAGAUGGCUAUGAAGUUAGCAUCCAGCUGAACUACAUUCAAGUAUCAAACAAGAACCUUUACUUCAGCAAGUCUGUGGAUUUCAGCAACCACUUCCUGAGCAGCGUCACUGAGGGUGGUAAUGGGCCGUUUGGCAGCAGGUCCAGCCUGGUGAGCGACUACAGCCAGAGCACCUCUGAUACCACUGAAAAAGUCAAGAGGACAAAGAACUUCAAGACCAAAACAGUUCAAGAAAAGGAGCAGCUCACACCUGAAAACAGACUCCUGCUGAAGGAAGUCGGACCGACAGGGGAAGGAAGAGUCGCUGUGAUUGAACAGCUGCUCAAUGAGGGAGCAGAUCCCAACUGCAGGGAUAGUGAGGAGCGACCCGUCCUAAUCAUGGCUGUUGUGAAUCAGCACCAUGAAGCGAUUCCGGUUCUCGUGCAGAGAGGAGCCGACACCGAGCAGCGGUGGGGACCGCUUCGAAAUACAGCUCUUCAUGAAGCGACCCUGCUUGGCCUGGUAGGAAAAGAGUGCGUCGCUGCUUUACUGCGAUGUAAUGCAAGCAUCCAAAAGAAGAACAUGAAUGGUCAGACGGCAUAUGACCUGGCAUUGAACACUGGGGAUGAGGUCAUCACCUCGCUCUUUGCUGCUAAGCUCGGCCUGGAUGACUCUUAGAUCCAAGAUCCUGUGCGAGACCUAACUGCAAGAAACCAUCCAGCUCUGGCUGUUCUCUGUUUCUUUCUGAGAUGUGUUAUUUGUGGUUUGGGAAUUGAGGUUGAGAGGAAGGCAGAGGGUUUUUUUUUUUUUUUUUAAUGUGACAGUGUAAGCCACCACGUGACCAUUUCCCAGUAGGCUCUGGAUGGUGACGAACUUCACAUGUUUUUUUAAAGGGUCUCUUGCUGCUUAUUUUGGAAUUUUCUUUUAAAUUUAUUUUUAAUAGAUAAUAAUUGCUUAUGGUUCAAAGCUAAACAAUAUGAAGUGUUAAGUAGUAAAAACUCUGCCACCCCUGUCCCACACAGCCACCCACGUCCCCUCCUUGGAGGCUCCAAUGAUCCCAGUGUCAUCUGCGUCUUUCCAGAAAUAGUAGAUUAUAUAAGCACAUGUAUAUAAUAUAUGCGUAUGUACAUAUAGGGUAUAUACUAAAUACAAAUAUAGAGAACAGAUAUAUUCUUUCUCCUCUCUUAAGACAAGUACUAGCAAACCACACACCCAUCUGAUGUUUUACAUCUUGUUCUUUUCCUUAAUAUCUCUUGUAGGUGGUUCCAAAUUAGUACCUAAAGAUUAAGUUUAUGUAAAAACUUUCAUUUCUGAUGUGAAGUAUUCCUGUUGUCGUGGUUUGUUCUUCAGUUGACAAACAGGCCUUGAAUAAGCCCAUGUACAGGAAUGUGCAAUUUUGACUGACUUAUUUUUUCAGACUGUGAUUUCAGUCUUUGGGUGAUAAUGCUGCAAUCGUGGAGUCCCUAAAUAGUUUCUGUUCAAGUCUGUUGACAGAGUAUCUGUUAGUUUAGAAUGAUUAAUACAGCACAAUAAAUAGACUUGGCUGACUGCU